AUGGAGACGGGCUUCGGCGCGGGGGCUAGUACGGGUCUGAUGCCUCCCAUUUCACCCGAUCCCGGAAGCCGAAUUUCUUACGCGCCGAGAGAGUUCUUGGACACUUACUAUGAUGACGAACCUGACAUGCCCAACUUCGACGCCAUACCGAAUUCUCGAGCGGGCCCUACGGAUGAGAUGGGCCUGGAGUCUCCAAAGCCGAAUGGCCCAUCCGCCACCUGGGGUGCUGGUCACCCUGGUCAAGGUCACCCUGGUCAACGACAGCCCUCUGUUCCUAAUCAAUUCGAAACCGCUGGCUUCCAAUUCGACAUACCAUCUGACGGCUCCUCCAUGCCAAGCUAUGAUAGGAAUCGGGGUUAUCCGCAGAACGGAUACGGGCCUGGACAUCAGAAUGGUGCUACCUAUGAAGCACCGCAGACUUACCCCCAACACCAACCACCACCACCGGUACAAAACGGAAAUCCAGAUGCACUUCCCCACCACCCAGCGCCGUUCCGUCCAGGUCACGACCAAGCAGCCAAGCCAGUCCCGGUGCGUCAAUAUGGAUCUGCACCAAACCCACAUCCCACACCAAACCCUGUCUCUAUUCAGGCGAAUGGCCCCGCGCCCGGUUCUCUUCCCGUCGCCGAAUCUGGGCCCGAACCACUAGCGUCUCAGAUGACGCCUGCCAAAGCUGAGGAGUCUAGACCCAUUACACACGACGAACUUCAAAAAUUACAAAUGUCAGCACGGGGUAACCCUGAAGAUCAAGGGCUUCAGCUCAAGCUCGCAAAGAAGCUCGUCGAGGCGUCCGUCGUGCUUGUGGCCGAGAAUACCCAUCUUGACCCAAAAAUGAAAGCAAAAGCCCAGGAAAAAUACACCCUGGAUGCCCACAAGAUUGUGAAGAAGCUAGCCUCGGCUGGAUUCGCGGAAGCACAGUUCUACCUGGCCGAUUGUUAUGGUGAAGGCAGACUUGGUCUACAGGUAGAUGCGAAAGAAGCGUUUUCUCUGUAUCUCUCCGCCGCGAAGGCGGGCCAUGCACAGUCAGCCUACCGAGUUGCCGUGUGUUGUGAGAUUGGCGCGGAAGAAGGUGGAGGUACCCGCCGUGAUCCCUUCAAGGCUGUGCAAUGGUAUAAGCGGGCCGCGGCGCUGGGCGACACUCCUGCCAUGUACAAAAUGGGGAUGAUCAACUUGAAAGGAUUGCUGGGACAGAAAAGCAACCCACGCGAGGGUGUGUCGUGGCUCAAGCGUGCGGCGGAGCGGGCUGACGAAGAGAAUCCUCAUGCUCUUCAUGAGUUGGCGCUCAUGUACCAGAGUGCCAGUGGCAACGACAUUAUUGUUCGCGAUGAAGCAUACGCCUCUCAGUUGUUCCAUCAGGCUGCUGAUCUCGGCUACAAAUUCUCACAGUUCCGUCUCGGUACGGCAUACGAAUAUGGCUUGUUGGGCUGCCCGGUAGAUAAUCGCAUGAGUAUCAUAUGGUACACUCGCGCCGCCGCUCAGGGUGAGCACCAGAGUGAGCUCGCCCUCAGUGGAUGGUACCUCACUGGAUCGGAAGGAAUCUUACAGCAGAAUGACACCGAGGCCUAUCUGUGGGCAAGAAAGGCAGCCGCAGCGGGUCUCGCCAAGGCCGAAUACGCCAUGGGAUAUUACACCGAAGUUGGUAUCGGUGUGACGGCAAACCUGGAAGAUGCAAAACGGUGGUAUUGGCGUGCUGCUGCACAAGGAUUCCCGAAGGCACGAGAGCGUUUAGAGGAUUUGCGGAGGGGAGGCGGUCGAUAUGAAAAGACCCGCCUGUCUCGUUCUGCUGUCAGCAAGCAGAGUGAAGGGGACUGCGUCCUCAUGUAA